GGCUGAAGCUCACCACACUCCUUCCUCCCCUUUCCUUCCAGUCCACACGAAGGCUUACGGGCAUCGAAGCGCGAAGCCAUGGCGCCCGUGGAGACGCCGCCGCAGGAGCAGUAUGCGUCCAAGCCAGUGGCCGACAGCCGGAGCUACUGGCGUUGGCACAAGGACGACUUCUUCCCCGAGCCGUCGUUUUCGAGCUGGGGCGCGUACCGCUCCGCGCUGGCGGCGACCCCGGCACGGCUCCGUGACCGCUUCACGGGCCGCUCCACCGACGCCAUCGAGCUGGGCGCGCUCCGCCGGCGCAGCGAGAACGAGAUGCGCCGGUGCCUGACGUGGUGGGACCUGACGUGGUUCGGGUUCGGCUCCGUCAUCGGCGCCGGCAUCUUCGUGCUCACGGGCCAGGAGGCGCACGACGACGCCGGCCCGGCCAUCGUGCUCUCCUACGUGGUGUCCGGCCUCUCCGCCAUGCUCUCCGUCUUCUGCUACACCGAGUUCGCCGUGGAGAUCCCCGUUGCGGGGGGAUCCUUCGCGUACCUCCGCGUGGAGCUCGGCGACGUGGCGGCCUUCAUCGCCGCCGCCAACCUCAUCCUCGAGAGCAUCAUCGGCACGGCCGCCGUGGCGCGCUCCUGGACGUCCUACCUGGCUUCGCUCAUCAACAUGCCGGUGAGCAAGCUGCGGAUCCACACGUCGCUUGUCGAAGGGUACAACGAGCUGGACCCGGUGGCCGUGGUGGUGAUCGCGGUCACCGCGACCAUGGCCAUGCUGAGCGCCAAGGGCACAUCCAGGAUCAACUGGGUGGCGUCCGCGGUGCACGUGGUGGUGAUCGCGUUCGUGAUCGUGGCCGGAUUCAUCCACGCCAAGCCGAGCAACCUGACCCCGUUCAUGCCGCACGGGGUGCCGGGCGUGUUCCGGGCGGCGGCGAUCGUCUACUUCGCGUACGGUGGGUUUGACAACAUCGCCACCAUGGCGGAGGAGACCAAGAACCCGUCGAGGGACAUCCCGCUGGGGCUGCUGGGCUCCAUGUCCGUGAUCACCGUCAUCUACUGCGUGAUGGCGCUGGUGCUGAGCAUGAUGCAGCCGUACACGGCGAUCGACCGGAGCGCCGCCUACUCGGUGGCGUUCAGCAGCGUGGGGAUGCACUGGGCGCAGUACGUGGUGGCGCUGGGGGCGCUCAAGGGGAUGACGACGGUGAUGCUGGUGGGUGCGCUGGGGCAGGCGCGGUACACGACGCACAUCGCGCGGAGCCACAUCAUCCCGCCCGUGUUCGCGCUGGUGCACCCGAGGACGGGCACGCCGGUCAACGCCACCAUACUCAUCGCCGUCCUGGCCGCCUGCAUCGCUUUCUUCUCCAGCCUCGACGUGCUGGCCAGCCUGCUGUCCAUCAGCACGCUCUUCAUCUUCAUGAUGAUGGCCACGGCGCUGCUGGUCAGGAGGUAUUACGUCAGGGGCGUCACGACGCGGGCGCACGCGCUGAGGUUCGUGGCGUUCCUGGUUGUGAUCAUCGCGUCGUCGGCCGGGAUCGCGGCGUACUGGGGCGCGGCGCCGGAGAGGUGGGAGGGUUACGUGGUGCUUGUGCCGGCUUGGGUGAUCGGGACGCUGGGGAUCCAGCUGAUGGUGCCCGCGGCGCGCGCGCCCAAGGUCUGGGGCGUGCCGCUCGUGCCGUGGCUGCCCUCGCUCUCCAUCGCCACCAAUCUCUUCCUCAUGGGCUCCCUCGGUGCGCAGGCCUUCGUCCGGUUCGGGGUCUGCACCGCCGUCAUGCUCGUUUACUAUGUGCUCGUCGGGCUUCAUGCCACGUACGACGUCGCGCACGAUGACGAGUGCGGCGAGGAUGAGCAGCUGGGCUACGGGGACGCCACGGCUGUUGUCGAUGCUGCUGAUGGGAAGGCGGGGGCGACGACUGGCGACGUGGAGAAGGCCAGCGCGGGGGGAGACGGUGGGCUGCGCUAACAUAGCCGGAGGCCCAGAGUUGACCGGAACGGGCUGGACCUGGCCCGUACCUCUCUAUCUGGAUUCGAAUUCUCGUGGCCAAUUAAAGCGCGGUUCUGUAGCCACUGCUUUUAUUGUAAAAAAAAGGCACUGCUUUUGAACAUACUGUCUGAAAACUCGCUAUUUGCGCCACGACA